AUGGAGCGGUCUUCGGGGCGGUCGUCGGCGGCUAGCCGUCGCAAUCACCCACAAUCCGCCCGCGAGACGAUGCGGCGCAAUAUCUCCCAAGCCAAGCGCUCCCAAAUUAGUGGACAGGAGGCCUAUAUCUACGCCCUGAGGGUCGCCUACCUCCACUACCUCCUCCAACCACGCCAGAAGCGAGUACAGCAUGUCGCCAAUAUCUCCAAGCCGAUUCAGCGCUCGUCGACCUCGAUCAACGACAUGGUCAAGGACUUCAGUCACAUCCGAGAUCAUAAGAGCACGAAAUUUCCGAGUGGAUUCAUGGCUGCAUUGGACAAGCGAAUUACUGGUGUGUUGGUUGGACAAGAGAAGAUGCCGGAAUACAAAGAUGCAUUGAUCAAGCGGACAUUUGCGACGUUCUUGAACGAGUUCAAGAAUCCGACGUUUCGCAAGAACAUGGAGAAAGAUCGAAAGGUGGAAGACCUGCUGUUGAUUUUCUUCUCCAAGGCUACAAGUGAGCUGCAAAAGGGCAAGACCGCGGAUGACGACGGGUGGAAGUUGAUGGUGGACCGCCAUGUCGCCCUUUUCGUACGGUUGAUCAGCAGUACUUUGGCCCAUAAUGAUUGGACGAGGGAUCGACCGGAACUGACAACUCGGCUGAAGUCUUUGGAGACGAAGCUGUUGCAACACGACUCGGACCUCGCCGAUUCAAGCCAACGGAAUGGUGGCCAAGGAGGUACGAGCGUCGAAGUUGAAGUGCCUCGAUCGUACGAUGUCAAAGAUAUGCCUCUGGUGAUCCGAGUCUGCCGCAUCUUUGCACAGCCUACGAUGCAAGCACAGAACGACAUCAACGCGCAUAGAGAGGAAUGGACUGAAAAGGAGGCCCUGAAGGAUCUCAAGCUCUAUCAGACUCACAUGAUGCUCAACGAUCGAGUGACCCUUUCAUCGGACGACUUUGACAUUGACGAAUCUUACGAGCUGUGGCGGAAGACCGAGAUCAGCGAGCUCAGUCAGAUGAUGCUUGCAUUGAUUCAGUCCGAUCCUUCUCUAGCCAAAGCAUCAUCAGGUGCCAAUGCAGCGUCAUAUCACACUCCUACGCUGUCGCAGAAUGACAGUGGACGCCAUCCGGCUAGUGAAAACCAGUCGGCAUAUAUGGCUGACCAGGCGAUUGAUAUGAGCGGCUUGAAUCUGGAUGACGCCUCGCCAAGGGACUCCGGAACUGGUUCAGUAGAUGCCAGUCAGACCGACUUCACCUUUAUGCCUCCAGAAGUCCGCUUGUACUUCCGUGCGGUACUGAAGGCGACUUUGACUCAUGAUCUUGAAGAUGAGGACCUGCAGCAACCUGCUGACGCCGAAGAUCCGCCGGCGAUGAAGCUCAUAUCAUCGCAGUCUGCUGAACUACUAAACGAGAUUGCUCUUCGGUGGCGGGUACCAAGUUUCAGCCGCAUGGUACUAUUCCUCGAUGUCAUUCGGGAAAAGUACCAAAGCUCAGAGAUCCCGCUCUCGACAGUGGAAGCUGCAUUCGAAUUCGUCAGGGAGGCGACCCCAGAACCCAAGAAGAACAACAACAAGUCGGCCACACUACUAAUACAAGCUGGAUUGUAUGAUCGACACAAAUGGACGCUCGUGGAUUUUUCUGCCAUGCAGACUAUUUUGUCCAGCCUGCACGAUGCGUUCCGACGGGAGCUGUUCGAAGUCUUCCAACACUGCUACGAGAACAAGCCACCAAGUAUUGGAGAAGUCAUGUAUGCGCUCGACAAGAUCGUCUAUGAAGAUCCAUCAUUUUGGAAGAAUGAGGAAGACCUCGAUGCCUUUGCGCAGAUGAUGAGUGACCGGCUCAAGGAGAAAGCACGGGAGAAGUACCAUGACCUCCUUGCCACACACGUUCCGGACGACUCUGCGUCCUGGGAGUUCUUCAACGUGAUCAAACUGGGACAGGCUGUGACUGGACUGUGUCAGAAAGUCCAGAAGCGAUAUCGGAAAAAUCCGAGUAUCAUGGGCGUCCAGCCAUUGACCGUGUUGGUAGAGGAGAUUCUUCCAUCAUUCGCCAGCGAUGCCAAAGAGCUUGUGGGAAGAAUCAUGGAACUGUGUAGGAGUCGCGGCGAGGAAGUUCCUGUGCAGGAUGGAUUCGAGUUAUACAAAGAGCUCGUCGACAUCCGUACAGUUUACGCACAAGCUUUGCCGGGCCGCGCAUUCGGCUUCCACAUUGAAGGCCUCUUGCAAGACUUUGUCUGGCGAUGGAUCAAGAUGACGGACAAUAAACUGCUCGAUUGGGUCGAGGGUGCUGUUGCCCAUGAUGAAUUCCAAGUCCGACAAGACGCUUCGGCCAUUCAACGCGGCGAGCCUCCGAGCGAUGACGAGCGACACUCUCAAAGUGCUGUGGACGUCUAUCGAAUCUUCAACCAAAGCAUUGACCAGAUCAUUCAGCUGAGUUGGGACGAUGACUUGCAGUAUGCCAAGUUUAUGACUGCCAUUAGCAAGUCGAUUGGCAAGGGCGUUGCCAAAUACUGUGAGCUGUUGGAGGCAAAGUUCACGAAAGAAAUGGAUCGUCAGACACCCGAGCAAGAAGCUCGUGCGCAGCAAACACAAAAGGAAAAGUGGCUCGCCGUUGCACGCGAUGUCUGGGCCACGGGAGGUCAAGGUCCCAAAAUCGAACCAUUUCAAUUUUGGCCGGAGAGCUUUGUCAAGAUCAACAACAUUGAAUAUGCAACGCUCCAGUUGGACAAGCUCGAGCAAGAGAUGAAUGUCGAUGCAUGUGUGGCGGCCAUUCAGAAGUACGACCCUCCACCGCCUCCCAAUGUUCGAAAGCGCGGUCAAGUCAACAAGUUCAUGUUCACGAUCAAGAUCAUUGAGGCUGAGGAUCUCAAAGCUGGAGACAUGAACGGACUGAGCGAUCCGUACGUUGUUCUUGGGGAUGAAUACCAGAAGCGAUUGGCAAAGACCCGUACUGUCUAUCAGUCACUCAACCCUCGCUGGGACGAGACAGUCGACAUUCUGACUACCGGCCCUCUGAAUAUCAUCGCUACAGUAUGGGACUGGGAUACACUCGGCGACCACGAUUGUCUGGGCCGCACAAGCUUGAAACUGGACCCCAAUCAUUUCAAUGACUACCUACCGCGCGAGUACUGGCUGGAUCUGGACUCCCAAGGUCGUGUGUUGGUCCGCGUCACGAUGGAAGGAGAAAGAGACGACAUCCAGUUCUACUUCGGGAAAGCCUUCCGCACAUUGAAGCGCACAGAACGAGACAUGACUCGCAAGAUCACCGAUAAGCUUUCCGCAUACAUCCAACAAUGUCUAUCACGCCGGACUCUACGCGCUCUGACAACGACGUCUACCGCAGGUGCCGUAGCUGGCGUUACUCUUAAUUCAAUGCGUGGCUACUUCUCCAAGGUCUCUGGGCGUCCUAUGAGCGUCGCUGUGCCGACGAGUGCUGCACCUUCCGGCGCCGGUGCCAAUAUCGCAGAGUCGGCCACCAAUGCGCUGAAACCGCUGCUGCAGUACUUUGACGAUAACUUUGCAAUUCUGAAGCAGACGCUGACGGACAGCGCGAUGAUCUUGGUUAUGACGAGGCUGUGGAAGGAAGUCCUCGUAACGAUUGAGGGAUUGCUGGUGCCACCGUUAAGCGACAAGCUGAGCGCUCAGCGACCAUUGACGACGAGUGAGGUCGAUGUCGUUUAUCGAUGGCUACAGAUACUCUUCGAUUUCUUCCUGGCUUUUGAUCCCGAAGCCGGCGUUGCGGACGGCGUCCCUCAGGAUAUUCUCAAAUCUCCCAAAUACCACGACCUGCAGAACCUCAAUUUCUUCUAUUUCGAGUCGACCGACAACCUCAUCCGCACCUCCGAAGCAAUGGCGUCUGCUACUGCCGCCCGCCAACAGGGAACCGCAGCCCGCCUGAAUCGCCUCUCGGCACCCGCCCACCUCGGCGGCAUGGCAGGCAUCGCUCCUGGCCUAGGCGGUGGUCUAGGCACCGCGCGACGAAGUAAGAGUAUUUUCCAAAGCCGGAACUUGGGCACGAUCAAAAAGGUCAAAGAGGAGAAGAGGAAAGAGGCGCAGGCCGACCCGAACGACGACAUGCUGUUGAGAAUUUUGCGCAUGAGACCGGAGGCGGAGAGGUAUUUGAGAGAUCGCAGCAGGCAAAAGGAGAGGUUGGCGGCUGCGGCGGCGGCGGAGGCCAUUGUCAGGCAGAGUUUGCAGGCUAGCAAGAGAGGUGAUGGGGCCAGUGCGGGUGGUGCUGGCGGGCAGGGAAGGAGUGGGCAAGCGGGCCCGGGGAGGGGAGCGUUGGGGAGGGUUUAUGGGACGAUUCGGGAAUGA